CUUGCACCGGCCGCUCGCGCGCAGCCCGGCGUCGCCCCGCGCUGCGCUCGCUCCUCCCUCCCUCCUCCCGCUCCGUGGCUCCCGCGCUCCCGGCGAGGCUCAGGCGCCGAGCGCGCGGACGGGCGCACGGACAGACGGCCCCGGGGACGCCUCGGCCCGCGCCUCCCGGGCGGGCUAUGUUGAUAGCCCCGCCGGGGCCGGCCCGCGGGAUCAGCACUGCCCGGCCCGCGGCCCCGGCGGCCAGCGGGGACUAUGAACCGGAAAGCGCGGCGCUGCCUGGGCCACCUCUUUCUCAGCCUGGGCAUGGUCUACCUCCGGAUCGGUGGCUUCUCCUCGGUGGUAGCUCUGGGCGCGAGCAUCAUCUGUAACAAGAUCCCAGGCCUGGCUCCCAGACAGCGGGCGAUCUGCCAGAGCCGUCCCGACGCCAUCAUCGUCAUAGGAGAAGGCUCACAAAUGGGCCUGGACGAGUGUCAGUUUCAGUUCCGCAAUGGCCGCUGGAACUGCUCUGCACUGGGAGAGCGCACCGUCUUCGGGAAGGAGCUCAAAGUGGGGAGCCGGGAGGCUGCCUUCACGUACGCCAUCAUUGCCGCCGGUGUGGCCCACGCCAUCACAGCUGCCUGUACCCAAGGCAACCUGAGUGACUGUGGCUGCGACAAGGAGAAGCAAGGCCAGUACCACCGGGACGAGGGCUGGAAGUGGGGUGGCUGUUCUGCCGACAUCCGCUACGGCAUCGGCUUCGCCAAGGUCUUUGUGGAUGCCCGGGAGAUCAAGCAGAAUGCCCGGACUCUCAUGAACUUACACAAUAACGAGGCGGGCCGAAAGAAAACCAGAGUCUGCCAUGAGCAAGAAGAGUUUCCAAGCCUGCAUCCCUCUGUUCCUGGCCUCAUGGUGCCUGAGAAGGGGGAAGGUUCUGACCAGCCUCCCCAGAUACCAGAAGUCCCUCACUAUCCAGAUGAAGAGUACGCGUGGCGUGAGGGAAGCCAGGCCAACGAGAAGACUGGCCGGGUCGGCUGCCAAUCUGUCACCUGGCCCCUUGGCACACUGUUGGUCCCCGACCCUGGGGCCUGCUCCCUCUCCGAGGCCUCCAGCUCAGGUGAGCUCUGAGCCUCAGUUUCUCCAUCUGUAAAAGUAGGAAAAUAAUACCUACGUCACGGGGCUGCUAUGAGGGUCCUCCUGCUGAUGAUUGGAGUUUCAGAGCAGUAGAUGAAUGAUACAUAUUAUUAGUUAUUAGUAUUAUUACUCUUCUUUCCAUAAUGGUAAGGUUCUUCAAACACAGCUCAUGGCAAUAAAUAGUUGACUCUGCUGGGCAAAGGUAUUUUCCCCCUCUUUGGCUUAUUCCUGAAGUGGCUUUUCAACAAAACGGACAUUAACAAGGCCAAAAUCUUAAGAGACUGAAGCAAAAUGUUAAGUAAAAUCUCCCACUUUUUGGGUAUUUUCACAAACACCAUGAGGGUGGUGCAGGCAGCAAGCUGAACUUGGCCUUUCUGCCACCAGCAUGCGGCCUCCGAUUUGCUCCAAACCUCUGGUUUCAGAGAUGGAGAAACUGAGGCCCAGAGAGGGGCAGGGCUUUACGCAAGACCACGCAGCAAGUCUAGCGGAAAGAAGACUGAGGCCAGCACUUGUGUCUCCUGGGGAAGGCCUUUCACCAACACAGUGCAUCUCAGCAGCAGCAAAGUAGUUCGGAGGGAGUGUUGGGAGGGAUAAAGUUCCUAUUUGUUGUUCAGACAUACAUAUGCACGCAUGCAGGUGCACACACACCCACAUGCCUUCUGGACUUCUGUUUAAACCUAGCACAAGGCUCCACAGGGCAGGAUCUGGGCCUUCCCAAGGGCCCUAAAGGGAUAGGCCUGGAGGGAGUACCCUGGCAGCUGUCCAAGGGAAUGCCAAAUCUUCCCAUUCUCCCCCACCCCAGAACUUCUGUUUCUUCACCUCUGUCGGCUGCCUGGUCUUAGAGGCAGUCUUGGGUCUUGUCUUCCUCCACCUCCCAUCCGUCAACAAAUCCCAUGUGUCUAAGUCAAAAUAUACCCAAAUCUGAUCCCUCUGUUGGCACACUCAGCGGCCAUUCGCUGGAGGAGUCCGGCUGCAUUCCUGCCAUGCCUGGGUCUUCUUCUUCCGGGUCACAUUGCUGGAGCAAUUGCAGUCUCCCCUGAAGUUGGGAGUGGCCGAGGGGGCUAGGUUCUGGAUGACAAAGUACUCCAUUCCCAGCCCAUCAACACUUCCUUCCCUUCCAUGCUCCUUUCCUUCCACUAGCUUGACACAGCCACCCAGGGGCCAUAGGGUAUGGACAGUGGAACCACAGAAAGUAGGGCCCUGGAUGGUCCCUGAAUGGCCACUCAGAGGACAGCCCCCUGCUGGUCAGGAACACCCACAGGCAAGAAAUAGAGGUCUUUUUGUGGAAGCCACUUCGAUUUGGAAGUUCAUCUGCUAUAGCACAGAGCCCCUCCCUCAUUAGGCUCCAGCCUAAUGUUCUUCCAACAUGCCGUGUUCCAGUCCUGCCUCUGGGCCUUGACACAUGCUGUUUCCCCUGACCUCUGCAUGGCUGGCUCUCUUUGGCUAAUAAGACUCAACUCAGAUGCCAACUUGUCAAUGGUAUAACCUCAACAACCCUGGGGUCCAGCACCCUUCAUCCACUAUUUUUGUUUCUUUGUGGUAUUUACCACUAUCUGAAAUGAUAUUUCAGAUAGUGGUAAUAUAUUAUUACUUAUUUAUUAGAGGCUCUAAUUAUUUAUUAGAGGCUAUGCAGUAUAGUGGUUAAGAGCAUGGAGCCAGAUGCCCUGUAUUCAAACCUGCCUCUCUUGCCAUGUGGUUUAGAGCAAGCAAUUUAACCUCUCUGUGCCUGCAUUUCCCCCUUUGUAAAACAGAAUUAUUGCAGUCCUUACAUGAACUGACACAUAUAAAUUGCAAAACAGUGCCUGGCACACUGUAAGGGCCAAGGAAGUGUGAGGUUUGGGUAUUAAUAUGUUUAUUAAGUUUGCCGAGUGUAGGACUUCGUCUGUCUUUGGUGCCACUGGGUUUCCAGUGCCCAGCACACGGUUGGGGUUAAUAAAUAUUUGCUGAAUCGGAAUGACUGAAGACCUGAAGCCUGUUCCCAGAUUCACCGGGCCCCUGCUGGGGCCCAGGCAGAGGGGGGGGGGGCAGUGGGCUCAGGCGGGCUGCUAGAGCUAAGGAGAUAGGGGACAAGAGUUGGCCUGUCCUGAGUGCUGCCUGCCUGCUCGGGGGCCAGAUGGGAGCGCAAAGACAGAUCAAGCUCUCUUAACGUGGUCACAGACACAUCUGCUCCAUUGACAAGGUGGCCACUGGUUGCCACAACAACACUCCUAGCCCCAGAAGAAUGUGCUGGAGACAACAGGAAAACUCUGCAGCCAUCCUCCAGCUUAGCCCCCAAGAUGGCAAGCUGCUCUGACCCAGAGAUCAUGCCACACGCUUGUGUGGCGUCCACACGGACCCACGGUUGCACACAGACACUGAGUGAGAGACCCAGAGGGACCGGCACAUGGCCAAGGGAGGGACCAGACACUCACCAAGGGGAAACACUGGGGCGUCUGGGUGGCUCAAAUGGUCGAGCGUCCGACUCUUAAUUUCGGCUCGGGUCAUGAUCUCAUAGCGUGUGCGUCCGAGCCCUGUAUCGGGUUCUGCGCAGCCACUAUGGAGCCUGCUUGGGAGUCUCUCUCUCCCCCUCUCUCUCCGCCCCUCGUGCACACUCUCUCUUUCUCUCAAAAAUAAACUCAUACAAAAUUAAAAAAAACAAAACAAAGGGGAAGUACAGACACACAUCCUCCGUGACCAGAGCCCCAGAGAGACCCCGUUGACAGGACCUGAGACACAUACAGGCCACCCCAAGAGGUACAGGGUCACACUCAUAAGAUAUACACCCAGAGGCCACCCACAGACUGAGCAACCUUUAUUACCUGGAAGGCCCUGGCUUGACCCUCACCUCUUGCCUAUAGUCCCUGGCCACGUGUGUGCGUGUGUGUGUGUGUGUGUGUGUGCUGCGUGUAGGUGCAGGUGGGAAUCAGGGUAUGCAGGCUGGAGGACAUCUAGGGCCGUCUCCCUCAGGAGAGCACACCCAGGCAGGAGAUCACAGUAUGAAGAGAGACGACUCCUGAGGCCCAGGACAGCACCCUCUGAGGCUCUGCUCCGGCCUCACAUAAGCAGCGCACCCCACGGCAAAGCCCCGCUCUAACCAAGCUCAAGAUGCUGGGCUCUGAUCACAGCUCUGCCCCCUCUCGCUCUGGACAGACAGGGCAAGGAAGGUCCUUCCCCUGGCGGAACCUCAGCAACGUCGCCUAAAGUGCAUGCGGAUCCCAGGCGGGCUCCCCGUGGCUCUUGGUGCAGGCCACAGCUGUGAACACCCAUUGCAGCGGAGCCCAGGCCAGCCCGCCCGGCCGCACAGCCAGCCCGGAUCCUGUCCCCACCGCCAGCGCGCCAGUGGGUGUGGCCAGGGCUUCGAGGGGCCUCAGGGCUUCUCAACACGUGAUCCACGUGAUCUGGGAACCUCUGUCGGGAUUAGCAGAUCAAAAGGUCACAACUAUUUUUAUGGUAAUACUAAGAUACUCGCCUUUUUCACACUCACGGGCUCCUAGGUGUGCAGGGGAAUUUCCCAGAGGCCAGAUGACAAGGGACAGCACAGGGCACCGGAUGCAGCCACAGACGCGAGAGGCCGGCUGACUUCGAUGAAGCCACACAUUGGAAAGAUGGGCAAAAAUGUAAAGCGAUGCCACUUUUUCCACGGGCUUUAAAACGCAGAGCCAUUUCCAUUUAAAAUAUGUCAUUUAUGGGGGUGCCCAGGUGGCUCAGUCGGUUAAGCGUCCGACUUC